AAUUAUUUCGAUUAUUUGGUGAUUUUACUGCUAGAAAUAUAUGGACUUUUUACCUCUUAAUGACUCAGAAUCGUCUUCUCUAGAAGAUUUAGAACCAUCGCUUCUUGAAAAUUUAGAUUCUAUAGAACUUGAACAACUUGAAAAUGAAGCAAUUAACAUUUGCUCACAACAUUAUAAUCGGAAUCUGUGCCAAUUCUAUAUUAAUCAAACUGAUAUUCAAGAUCAAAUUCAAGUAAAAUAUCAGUCUGAUAUUUCAAGAGAUACUUAUGAAAAAUACCCGCUUCAUUUAUAUGAUCAAAUUCAUGCUCAAGAUAAUGUUCAUAGAGAGAGUAUACAAAAAGAUAUAUCGCUUUUAAACACAAAGAAUACUUUUUAUAAUAGUAUCCAGACCGAUUUUUCUGAUAUUGAUAAACACCAUUGUAUAAACCAAUGGGAUAAAAUGUAUCAAUCGUCUAAUAUGAACCCACGAGAUAAUUAUGGGAAAUCAGCAUCCUGUAAUGAACAGAUACAGAAAGCUGGAGAUAUGCAGGUGGCAAAUACAAAAGAAACAGUUCUGCAAGAUGAAAUAACAAAGUCACAAUCAUAUAUUAGGAACUUUCAGUUACAACAAGAUGGGUUUAAAGUAGUAACUCGAUCCAAGUCUAAAGAACUUGCAAUAACUCAAACUUUAUUUGAUAAAGAACAAUUUCAUAUGAGUUUUAUAGAAAAUUUUGAAAAACAGUAUGCAUUUUCAUCGGAAAGACAUAUUGUUACUUUGAAAAAAAUGAAAGUUGACUUUGACCAAGUUCAUACCGAAAAUCGUUUUCAAAAAAAAGGACUCCAAGAAGGUGAUGAAUUAAUUACGCAGUCUGAAAAUCCUAAAAAACAAGCGAAUUCUUCGUUUAACAUGCCUUUUGAAUUUCCAACAAAAAAAGCUUUUGAAUCAGAAGAAAAGGUUAUAGAUCCUCCAGUAAAACGAAAACGAAGAUUAAAGAAAUAUGUUUCUUUAGAUAAUGCAGUCCAUGAAUAUGAAUGUAUUACGGGAAAUUAUCAUUUAAAAAACAAUGAAAAUUUAGAGUUACAAGUAAUAUCAAAAAUAAUACAUCAACGAAUGAAUGAUAAUAAAAAACUUCAGUUUAUUGAGGAAUUAUUUGAUUAUCGUAUUGAUUAUAUUUUCAAAUAUAAUGAUAGCACAAUUUUUGAUAUACUUCCUUUUUAUACAUUACCUGGAUUUUCUGUAUCUGUUUCAUCAAUGGUUAUAAAGUUUAUUAGUAGAUCUCUUACUACUUUAAAUUCUGUUUUAGUUUUUUUAUUUUAUUUAAUGGAUUAUGUAAUGGUUAUUUGGAAAAUUUGUUUAGAGAAAAAUUAUAAAGAACCAAUCAGACAUAUGGUAUCAUUUGUACAUUUUAUUUUUGUUUUUCAGUCACAUGUCUUUAAUGAGCUAGUCAAUGUUGGUAAAAUUGAAUCUUUACUAACGUUGCUGCAAAACACAAUAAUAGAGUAUAUGGUAGAAGCAACAAAAGAGACUGAAGUUUUUGGAUACAUAGGUGAAUUUGUAGUUCAAAAGUGUUUAGAAAUUUUAAAUAUCAUUGUAAAUUUAUCUCAAGAAAAUACACAAAUUACAUAUAAAAUUUCCUCAUUCCUGGAGUUUAAUCAGAUUUUGUUAUUGCUAAAUCCUUUACAUAAUUUAUUAUUCAUUAAAAAAACAUUGAAUUUUUUAAAUAAGUCUAUUCUUUUAAAAUAUAUUCAGUAUACUGUUAAAAAGGAUGAAUUAAUAUGUUUUUCUGAUUGUUUCUCGAAAAUAUUAAAUAUUGUAAGUAGAUAUUUAACUGAAAAAUAUGAAAAUUAUAAAGUAUUUGAGCUUAUGGAUUUAAAAUUGGAGGCUGUUACGUUUUUGAACACUGUUAUGUCAGCUUCUGUGAAUGGAAAAAAUCUUCUUAGCUUAAAUGUUGUUGUUGUGUCGCAAUUAUGUCGUUGUUUAGCAGAAUUGAUAAAUUUUCAUGGUACAUCUGAAAUUUUCGGGCAAAGAAUAAAUUUAAUUAAAUCUAUUGUAUUUAUUCUUCAUGAAAUUAUUUCACCUAUCAACAUAUCUUUUCAUUUUGCACAGCCGUGGACUCGAUAUGCGUACAUUAUUUCAAUGACUCGUUUAAGCUUUGCUGAGGAUGAAGAUGAUCAUGGAAAAGAUAUAUUUGAUGAUAAAACUAUAGAAUUUGCUAGAGAUCUUCUUGAAAUAGUUGUAGAUCCAGAAGAAGGUGAUAAGUUAUAUGAUCUUUUUCAUAUUUCCAAUUAAUAUACCUUUAAUUUAUGUUUGGAAUUAUAUUAUGUAGAUCAUGAU